UCGUGUCCAUGUCCCUGUGCCUUGAACACAGCUUCCUUGUGGGAAUAACGUAGAAGGAAAACUUCUGAUGCAGAGGAUAAGAAACUUGUAAAGUUCCACCAAUACAUUUUUUGGCGAGUCUAAAAGCUGAGAAUCAUGACAACUCACGUAACACUGGAGGAUGCUCUGUCCAAUGUGGACCUGCUGGAGGAGCUGCCAUUACCAGAUCAGCAGCCAUGCAUCGAGCCGCCUCCAUCAUCCAUUAUGUACCAGGCCAACUUUGAUACUAAUUUUGAAGACCGAAAUGCUUUUGUAACUGGCAUUGCUAGGUACAUUGAACAAGCAACAGUGCAUUCUAGCAUGAAUGAGAUGUUGGAGGAAGGGCAUGAAUAUGCAGUAAUGCUUUAUACUUGGAGGAGCUGCUCCAGAGCUAUUCCCCAGGUAAAGUGUAAUGAGCAGCCAAACCGAGUAGAGAUUUAUGAGAAGACAGUGGAAGUCUUAGAGCCAGAAGUCACAAAGCUCAUGAAGUUCAUGUAUUUUCAGAGAAAAGCCAUUGAACGAUUCUGUAGUGAGGUCAAGCGUUUGUGCCAUGCAGAGAGAAGGAAAGACUUUGUUUCAGAAGCAUAUCUACUGACAUUGGGAAAGUUUAUCAACAUGUUUGCGGUCUUGGAUGAACUGAAGAACAUGAAGUGCAGUGUCAAAAAUGACCAUUCUGCUUACAAAAGAGCAGCCCAGUUUUUAAGAAAAAUGGCUGAUCCUCAGUCUAUUCAGGAAUCACAGAACCUCUCCAUGUUUCUGGCAAACCAUAAUAGGAUCACCCAGUGCCUGCACCAGCAGCUGGAAGUGAUCCCUGGUUAUGAAGAACUGUUGGCUGAUAUUGUCAACAUCUGUGUGGAUUACUAUGAAAACAAGAUGUACUUGACACCCAGCGAGAAGCAUAUGCUCUUGAAGGUGAUGGGUUUUGGUCUGUAUCUGAUGGAUGGAAAUGUCAGUAAUAUUUACAAAUUAGAUGCCAAGAAGAGAAUCAACCUCAGUAAAAUUGAUAAAUUCUUCAAGCAGCUGCAGGUGGUUCCUUUAUUCGGCGAUAUGCAGAUAGAGCUGGCCAGAUACAUUAAGACCAGUGCUCACUAUGAGGAGAACAAAUCCAAGUGGACAUGCACUCAGAGCAGCAUCAGUCCACAGUAUAACAUAUGCGAGCAGAUGGUACAGAUCCGAGACGAUCAUAUCCGGUUUAUCUCUGAACUUGCUCGCUACAGCAACAGUGAGGUUGUAACUGGCUCAGGACUGGACAGCCAGAAGUCAGAUGAAGAAUACAGGGAACUUUUUGACCUGGCUUUACGGGGACUUCAACUUUUGUCCAAGUGGAGUGCACAUGUGAUGGAAGUGUAUUCUUGGAAGCUGGUCCAUCCCACUGAUAAGUUCUGUAACAAAGAUUGCCCAGGCACUGCUGAAGAGUAUGAGAGAGCUACAAGAUACAAUUAUACCAGUGAGGAAAAGUUUGCUUUUGUGGAGGUUAUUGCUAUGAUCAAGGGCCUGCAAGUACUCAUGGGCCGCAUGGAGAGCGUCUUCAACCAGGCUAUCAGGAACACGAUCUACGCUGCUCUACAGGACUUUGCUCAGGUGACCCUGAGAGAGCCGCUGAGGCAAGCGGUCAGGAAGAAGAAAAAUGUCCUCAUCAGUGUUCUUCAGGCAAUUAGAAAGACAAUCUGUGAUUGGGAGGGAGGACGUGAGCCUCCAAAUGAUCCCUGUCUGAGAGGGGAGAAAGAUCCCAAAGGUGGCUUUGAUAUCAAAGUCCCACGGCGAGCUGUUGGGCCUUCAAGCACACAGCUUUAUAUGGUGAGAACCAUGCUAGAAUCCCUCAUUGCAGACAAGAGUGGUUCAAAGAAGACUCUCAGGAGCAGUCUGGAUGGACCAAUAGUUCUGGCUAUUGAAGAAUUCCAUAAACAGUCCUUCUUCUUUACACAUCUUCUUAAUAUAAGUGAAGCCCUCCAACAGUGCUGUGAUCUGUCCCAACUUUGGUUCCGAGAAUUUUUUCUGGAGUUGACCAUGGGUCGUCGAAUCCAGUUCCCCAUUGAGAUGUCUAUGCCCUGGAUUCUAACCGAUCACAUCCUGGAUACCAAAGAACCCUCCAUGAUGGAGUAUGUGCUCUAUCCACUGGAUCUCUACAACGAUAGCGCAUACUAUGCUUUGACCAAGUUUAAAAAGCAGUUUCUCUAUGAUGAAAUUGAAGCAGAAGUGAACUUGUGUUUUGAUCAGUUUGUGUAUAAACUGGCAGAUCAAAUCUUUGCUUACUAUAAAGCAAUGGCCGGCAGUGUUUUAUUGGAUAAACGCUUCCGGGCUGAAUGUAAAAAUUAUGGAGUGAUUAUCCCUUAUCCACCGUCCAACCGCUAUGAAACAUUGCUCAAACAAAGACAUGUCCAGCUGCUGGGCAGGUCAAUUGACUUGAACAGACUUAUCACCCAGCGUAUCUCAGCUGCGAUGUACAAAUCAUUAGAUCAGGCUAUUAGUCGCUUUGAAAGUGAGGAUCUGACAUCCAUAGUGGAACUUGAAUGGCUUUUGGAGAUCAAUCGUUUGACACAUAGACUCUUGUGCAACCACAUGACCUUGGACAGUUUUGAUGCCAUGUUCCGCGAGGCCAAUCAUAAUGUUUCAGCUCCUUAUGGGCGCAUCACACUGCAUGUCUUCUGGGAGCUAAACUUUGACUUUCUACCUAAUUACUGCUACAAUGGGUCUACUAACAGAUUUGUGCGGACAGCAAUUCCAUUCACUCAAGAACCCCAGAGAGAUAAACCAGCCAAUGUUCAGCCAUAUUAUCUUUAUGGCUCAAAGCCACUCAACAUUGCGUACAGCCACAUUUAUAGCUCCUACCGAAACUUUGUGGGACCUCCCCACUUCAAGACAAUCUGCCGACUCCUUGGAUACCAAGGGAUUGCUGUUGUGAUGGAAGAAUUGCUGAAGAUUGUCAAAAGCUUGUUGCAAGGAACCAUCCUUCAGUAUGUGAAGACCUUGAUAGAAGUGAUGCCGAAGAUUUGCCGCCUGCCAAGACAUGAGUAUGGAUCUCCAGGAAUCCUGGAGUUUUUCCAUCACCAGCUGAAAGACAUAAUUGAAUAUGCAGAACUAAAGACUGAUGUAUUCCAAAGUCUGAGAGAAGUGGGUAAUGCCAUUCUUUUCUGCCUUCUCAUAGAACAGGCCCUGUCCCAGGAAGAAGUGUGUGAUUUGCUGCAUGCUGCUCCCUUCCAAAAUAUUUUGCCCAGGGUCUACAUCAAAGAAGGAGAACGCUUGGAGGUACGCAUGAAGCGUCUCGAAGCCAAAUAUGCCCCACUUCACCUGGUUCCCUUAAUAGAGAGGCUGGGAACUCCUCAGCAAAUAGCCAUAGCCCGUGAAGGAGACUUGCUGACCAAGGAGAGGUUGUGCUGUGGGCUGUCCAUGUUUGAGGUUAUCCUGACCCGCAUUCGGAGCUACCUCCAAGACCCCAUCUGGCGUGGGCCUCCCCCAACCAAUGGCGUCAUGCAUGUUGAUGAAUGUGUUGAAUUUCACCGGCUCUGGAGCGCCAUGCAGUUUGUGUACUGCAUUCCUGUUGGAACAAAUGAAUUCACUGCUGAACAGUGUUUUGGAGAUGGUUUAAACUGGGCUGGUUGUUCAGUCAUAGUUCUUCUGGGGCAACAGCGUCGUUUUGAUCUUUUUGACUUCUGCUAUCACCUGUUAAAAGUGCAGAGACAGGAUGGGAAGGAUGAAAUCAUAAAGAAUGUGCCACUUAAGAAAAUGGCUGACAGGAUCAGGAAGUACCAAAUUCUGAACAAUGAGAUUUUUGCCAUCCUGAACAAAUACAUGAAAUCAGUGGAAACAGACAGUUCAACAGUUGAGCAUGUGCGUUGCUUCCAGCCCCCCAUCCAUCAGUCCUUGGCCACAACAUGUUAGUUUUUCAGCCCUGGAAAUACAAUGUGGAGAUUUGGGUCUUUCCACUGGAUAUUGGUGAGAAAGAAGUGGUUGGACUCCAGCAAAGACCUGGAAGCCAAACAGCUGCAAACACAGGUCUCUCAACAAAGCAGAUGUGGAUGGAUCCAGUAGACAAAGAUGCAUUUCCUAGAAGACUCAUUUGAAUGCAUGUUCUUCUAUAUCUUUCUGGUUGGCUUUACCUAUAGUAUUGAAACUGGUGAGAAGAAGCAGAAAGUGGCUUUUCUCCUGUGGUUUCUUCUAUUUUCAUGACAACCCAUAAUCACCUGAUGAAGCACAAAAAUCUGCAUUCCUUAAAAUGAUCAUUAUUUUGGAGAUUCCAGUUAAAGAAACCCACAUUUCAAAAUGUUGCAAAUCUUCCACUUGGUGCCCAGUGAAACAACAAUAGUUUUGCUUGAUAAAACCUUGGUUUUGUGAUAUAAGUGCUUAAACAUUUUGAAAUAAUGAGUUUCUCCCACUGCAGGUGAUAUGGAGCAAGCAUCGUGUUGUUUUAGACUCAGAAUAGCAUAUAAUUGUCUACCUGGAAUUAGCAGGUUUUUGCUAUUAUCAUCAUUUCUCCUUCUAGAUUUAUUUAACUUUGCUAAGCCAAAUUUGGAGUUAGUUUAGCAGUGGAAUAUUAAUAAACAAAUUUUCUCAGUUUUUGCAUUGAUUGAGCUUGCUGUGGAGCAGAGGAAAACAAAGUAAUGCCUUCUUUUCAAUCUCUUUCUUGGCAUUAUUACAUCUGAGCUAAUAUUUGUUUCUUAAUGUUAGUAUUACAGACAGUCAUUGUCUAUACAUGAUAAACAUUGUAAUGGCCUCAGUGAAGUUAACAGGCUACAUCUUCUUGGAAAGUUGAUUGGAAAUGUGGUACAUGUAUUGAGCUGAGCAUCUUUUUUUCUUUAGUAGAAGAAUGAGAUAAUUACAUUUCUGUACAGGUAGUCCCCAGGUUAAGAAUGCCCAGGUUACAGAUGACCCAUA